AUGCUGUCAACCUCGCUCAUCUUGUCGACCACGGCAUCAGCCUUGUUUCUGCUGUUGCUGCCCUUCCGUCUAUCGAAGCUUCGCAAAGAAACGAUCAAGGUCAUUCCGGAACACCACGGCCAUGGCAAAGUUAUCGUCAGCAUCAUCUUGGUUGUGGUACAGUCAACUAUACUCGCUACGACAGCACUCUCGACGCCCCGACUUAGGCUCAAUCUAGCUUCUGCCAUUCUAUCCUUGGUAUCAUACGUGGGCCUCUGCCCGCUGCUCUUGUUGGAGCACACCAGGUCCGUCAGACCGUCGGAUCUCGCAAUUGUCUAUCUACUUGCAUCGUCGGGGUGCGAUUUGGUUGACUUGGGAACGGGGGUCUUUGACAAUGGGUCCGCCAUAAGCGCCGCCCCGACAAUUGCGAGUCUUUGCAUCAAGGGCGUGCUUCUUGUUGUUGAACUUCGAGGAAAGCAAACGAUCCUGCAAGGUCCUCGUGAUCAGUGGUCUCCAGAGGAAUUGUCCAAUAUUCUGGAUCGCACGUUCUUUGGAUGGAUUAAUCCGAUUCUCGCCAGAGGCAACAGGUACAUUCUGACUGGAGAUUGCCUUCCAAUGAUGGACAGCAAGCUGUCAUCGCAAGUUCGACGCGAACGAGCCCUACGAGCAUGGGACCAGAGAGACAAGCCCGAGAAAAGGAUGAUGCUGCCCAAAGUUCUGCUGCGUAGUAUACUUCCGCAGUUUCUUGCGCCCAUCAUCCCUCGCUUGGUUCUCAUCGGAUUCCGCUACGCUCAGCCGGUUCUCAUCGGUACUGUCAUCCGCUCCAUCAGCAAGUCAUCCGACGAAUCUCAAGAUGGAGGCUAUUCGGUUGUGUCGAUGGCUGUCUUUGUCUAUGUGGGUCUGGCAAUCGCGAGGACUGCCUACCAGCACAGUAUCAACCGCCUCAAGAUUAUGAUCAGGGGCGCUGUUGUUGGUCUCAUCAACAACAAGCAGCUCAGUCAGCGGUCUACUGGCUACGGCGAUGCAAAGGCGGUUACUUUGAUGAGUACAGACGCAGACAACGUGGUUCAGUCGGCUUCUAUGUUCCACGAGACGUGGGCGCAGAUCAUCGAAGUCGCUAUAGGCACUGUGAUGCUGGCUCGGCGAGUGGGAUGCGUUUGCGCGGUUCCGUUUCUCAUGAUCUUUUUCUGCUCUCGGGUGAGUCGAUAUCUGGCAAAGAACCUUCAGAGCAAGCAAAAGAAUUGGUCCGUGGCAACUCAAAACCGAAUCGCCAUGACCACGUCUAUGCUUUGCUCGGUCAAGAGUCUGAAAAUGCUUGGGAUCGUAGACCAUACGGAAUCUCUGAUCCUCUCUUUACGCCUUCGGGAGCUAGAAAUGGCCAAGAAAGUUCGGUGGUUGAUGGUCGCUUAUAACGCGAGUGCGAACGCUCUCGGUAUCUUCGCCCCCAUUCUCACGCUCGUUCUGUACGUGAUCGUAGCGAGACUCAAUGGCUCCGCACUCGAUGUUGAGACCGCCUUCACGACUACGGCGCUACUCGGCUUGGUGACGCACCCUGCCAACAUGAUUAUGACCAUCGUGCCGCAAGCCGUGGGCUCGCUGGCGGCUUUUGAACGAAUUCAGCAAUAUCUCGCUGAGCCACCCCGAGAGGACCAAAGACUUCUUUUCGAUAAAGCAGAAGACAGCCUCGUCGACGUUUCGCCCGCCAUGUCUUUAGAAGACGUCACUAUCCAAGGGCUCACUACAUCGAAAUCUCCGGUCCUCAGCAAUCUCAACCUCGUCAUUGAAAAGGGUUCGAUAGUCAUGUGCUCUGGUCCCGUUGGGAGUGGCAAAACGUCGCUUGUCAGAGUCCUGUUGGGUGAGGUUCCCCCGGCUUCUGGGACAAUAUCUGUGUCGACGAAGCGAAUUGGAUACUGCGAGCAGUCUCCUUGGCUGCCGAACGGAACCUUCAAACAAGCAGUCUGCGGUUUUCUUCCCGAGGAGCCAAGCUGGUAUCAGGAGGUGAUUCAACUAUGCUGUCUCGAUGAGGACCUCCUGGCACUUCCCGGCGGAGACAAUACCGUGAUAGGAAGUCGAGGCUUGAACCUUUCUGGAGGACAACGGCAGCGAGUGGCUCUUGCUCGAGCUAUAUAUGCCCGCAGUGAGAUCGUGAUCUUAGACGACAGCUUCAGCGCACUCGACGGUAGAACACGAAGUCACGUUGUUGAGAACCUGCUCGGUUCUGCAGGCUGUUUCAAAAAGACGGGCACAACUGUCCUCCUUGUCACUCAUUCUACUGCGCAUUUUAAGUUGGCAGACAAGCUGAUUAUUCUCGGUGGUGGAGCUAUUGCGUACCAGGGGACGUGGGAUGGUCUGAAGCAGCAUCCCAAGUACUCCUCACUGGCAAUUGAUAUCGAGGGUUCGAAGAGCGACACGGCCGUGGAGCAGCCCCAAGUGGACAAGACCGUGCAGAGCCAAAACUUGAAGAUGGCCGAGGCUGUUUCUGAUCUCAGCAGGGCAACGGGAGACAUCUCUCUUUAUGGAUACUAUUUCCGGGCUGUAGGCUUUCGGCAUAUCCUACUUCUUCUCGCUUGCACCUCAACAUACUCUUUCUUCGUAACGUUCCCUCAGUACUGGUUACAAAAGUGGACAGAGGCGCCAGUAUCCCAGACAACAUUCUAUAUUUGCGGCUACCUCAUCUCGUCUUUACUAGCAUGGAUCGCUACCAGCGGUACGAUGUGGUCAACCCAGAUCCUGAUCGCACCCGCUUCCGGCAUCAAACUGCACCGCCGCCUGCUCUCAACUAUCGUCAGUGCUCCGCUAUCGUAUUUCUCAAAGACUGACGCAGGAGUUACAUUGAAUCGUUUCAGCCAGGAUAUACAACUGGUAGAUAAGCAGUUGCCGCCAGCCAUCAUGUCCAUGUCGAAUCAGGUCUUCAAGCUGCUCGUACAGGUGGUGCUGUUAUUCAGCGCACAAAAGCUGCUGGUUUUAUCGCUUCCCCUUUGCGCCGCGGUCGUGUAUCUCGUGCAGCGGGUGUACUUGCGCACCUCGCGACAAUUGCGUCUGCUAGAUCUCGAGUCGCAGUCAGCAGUCUACUCGAGCUUCCUCGAAUCAGUUGAGGGCGUCACGACCAUCCGAGCCUUUGGUUGGGAGAAACAAGCCGAGCAUGCCAACGUGGUCUGUCUUGAUAAAUCGCAGAAGCCAGCGUACAUCCUCUUCUGUCUUCAACAGUGGCUGGGCAUCGUUUUGGAUCUCAUGGUCGCUGCGAUUGCCACCGGCCUCAUCACACUCGCAAUUUUUGUGAGGGGAACGACGACGGCCGGUCAGAUUGGUAUGGCGUUGAACAUUGUGUUGGCUGCGAACGCGACGCUUCUUAGCCUCGUGACAUCUUGGACGAAUAUGGAGAUUUCCCUAGGUGCCAUAUCCCGCUUGAAGGCCUUGGAGGCCGAUACGCCGAAAGAGGAUCAGCCGCACGAGGACUUUGUGCCCACUGAGGUGUGGCCAUCAUCUGGAUCUGUUGAAUUUGAUAAGGUCACCGUCUCAUACAACACCGACGCAGUAGCUUUGCGAGACAUUACCUUGAAGGCCUCUCCAGGCCAGCAGUUGAUCAUUUGUGGUCGAACGGGCAGCGGUAAAAGUACCAUGCUACUCACACUCCUACGUCUUCUUGAUACGGACGCUGGAAGCAUUAAGAUCGACGGGGUCGACCUACGUCGCGUGCCACGUUCUCUGAUUCGACAGAAAUGCUUCAUCACGGUUUCUCAAGAGUCAUUCAUACUGGGACAUGCCAGUCUCCGCUUCAACCUCGAUCCGUCGACUUCUCUCCCAGAUGAAGCCAUCAUCUCAGCCCUUGCGAGGGUCAGCCUUCUAUCACACUUUCACCUACAAGACACUUCAUCUGAGGAGGAAAUUCGCAACACCCUAGACAGCCCACUGUCCUCCCUACCGCAAAUGUCCACUGGCCAAUCGCAGCUAUUCGCACUAGCUAGAGCGCUCGUUCAACUCUAUUCCAUCAUCCAAACGUCCGAAUCACCAGCAAACGGAACCGGAGGCCGACACAUCAUGCCGGUCCUACUGCUGGAUGAAGCCACAUCGUCGCUCGACACCGAGACUGAAUCUGCCAUACGCAAUAUCAUAUACCAGGAGUUCACAGACAAGGGCCACACCGUAAUAGCAAUCGCGCACAGGCUGGGCGGCGUGACGGAAGGCAUGAGGCCGGGACGGGAUGCUGUGCUCUUGUUGUCCAAGGGCAAGAUUGAGAAGAUUGGCGAGGCGGAGGAUGUGUUGGACUGA